AUGCCAUCUCACUUUGAUACCGUGCAAUUGCAUGCUGGCCAGGAGAAUCCUGAUGACAAUGCUAACAGACCAAGAGCUGUUCCAAUUUACGCUACUACUUCCUAUGUCUUUAAUGACUCGAAACACGGUUCUCAAUUGUUCGGUUUGGAGACCCCAGGUUAUAUCUACUCUCGUAUUAUGAACCCAACUGUGGAUGUUCUUGAGAAGAGAAUUGCAGCUUUAGAAGGUGGUGCAGCCGCCUUGGCUGUCGCUUCUGGACAAGCUUCGCAGGCUUUGGCCAUCAGUGGGCUGGCCCACACUGGUGAUAACAUCGUAGCUACUUCCUUCUUGUACGGUGGUACUUACAAUCAAUUCAAAGUCGCAUUCAAGAGAUUGGGUAUUGAGACGAGAUUUGUCGAAGGUGACAACCCAGAAGAUUUCGAGAAAGUUUUUGAUGAGAGAACCAAGGCCGUCUACUUGGAAACCAUUGGUAAUCCAAAGUACAACGUUCCAGACUUCGAUAGAAUUGUCGAAGUUGCUCAUAAGCACGGUAUCCCAGUUGUUGUUGACAACACAUUUGGUGCUGGUGGUUUCUUUGCUCAACCUAUCAAGUAUGGUGCUGAUAUCGUUACACACUCUGCUACCAAGUGGAUCGGUGGUCACGGUACGACCAUCGGUGGUAUCAUCGUUGACUCCGGUAAGUUCCCAUGGAAGGAUUACCCAGAGAAGUUCCCACAGUUCUCCAUUCCUUCUGAAGGUUACCACGGUAUGAUCUUCAACGAUGCGUUUGGUCCAUUGGCUUUCAUUGGUCAUGUCAGAACUGAACUAUUGAGAGACUUGGGUCCAGCUUUGAACCCAUUCGCAGCAUUCCAAUUGCUACAAGGUGUCGAAACUCUAUCUCUAAGAGCUGAAAGACAUGGUGAAAACGCUUUGAAAUUGGCCGCUUGGUUGGAGCAAUCUCCAUACGUUUCCUGGGUUUCCUAUCCAGGUUUGCCAUCCCACUCUCACCACGAAAAUGCCAAGAAGUACUUGACAAACGGAUUCGGUGGUGUGCUAUCAUUCGGUGCUAAGGAUCUACCAAACAAUGCUGAAGCUGAAGCUAAGAACCCAUUCGCGGCCGCUGGUGCCAAGGUUGUCGACAACUUGAAGCUAGCCUCUAACUUGGCUAACGUUGGUGAUUGUAAGACUUUGGUCAUUGCUCCAUACUUCACUACUCACUUGCAAUUGACUCACGAGGAAAAGGCAAGCUCAGGUGUUACUAAGGAUCUAAUUCGUGUCUCUGUCGGUACUGAAUUUAUCGACGAUAUCAUCAACGAUUUCCAACAAUCUUUCGAGCAGGUCUACGGUAAGCAAAACGCCUAG